AUGGGGCAGAUGUUCACUUUAAUUCUGCUGAAUGUGUUCUUCCUUGGUGAAUCCGCUAUUUUGCCACGAACAAAGCGAAGCUCAUAUGGACGGCCAUCGUACAUAAAGCCUCCAACGCCUUACGUUCCGCCACCACAACCGUACGUGCCACCUGCUCCGCCACCACAGCCAUAUGUACCACCGGCUCCGCCACCACAACCUUACGUACCGCCAUCCCCUCCACCGCAGCCGUACGUACCACCUCCUCCUCCACCAAAGCCAUAUGUACCACCUCCUCCACCA